AUGAUGACAGCCGCCAUACUAACUACGAUGGUGGAGGUGGCGAUUCUGAUAUGCUUACUCCAACUCGCCACAGCCACCACAGCCGCAGCAUCAUCGUUGUCCUACCCAUCUCAUCAAAUCCUUGCCGUCCAAGAAAUCAUAGAUACCACAAAAUUAGCUGCCCACGUACCCCAAACACAACUACUUGACCAUGAAACAAUAGAGUCCGGAGAGUCUCACGGCCGGAAGAGAUGGAAGCUGAACCUUGUCCACCGCGACAAGCUGUCGGAGAAUGAUGAAGGUCACCGGCGGCGGACAGAAGCUCGGUUGAAGAGGGACGUGAAAAGGGUGGCAAUUUUGAAUAGUCGAAUUGGUGGUAACCACACCAAAGGUGGUGUUGAAGGAGGGCGGUUCGAGGUGGAAGAUUUUGGGUCGGAGGUGGUUUCCGGCAUGCGACAAGGGAGCGGUGAGUAUUUUGUGAGAAUAGGUGUUGGAAGUCCACCGCGAAGUCAAUACAUGGUGGUUGACUCUGGUAGCGAUGUUGUGUGGGUCCAAUGCUUGCCAUGCAAGCAAUGCUACCAACAAUCAGACCCGCUUUUUGACCCGGCCAACUCAGCUUCUUUUGUGGCUGUCUCUUGCGCCUCCUCUGUAUGUCAACAUGCAGAAACCGCCGUUGGUUGCCAUGGUCAUGGAGGUGGUCGGUGGUGCAAAUAUGAGGUUUCAUACGGCGAUGGAUCUUACACGAAGGGAACUUUAGCCCUUGAAACACUAAGCUUUGGAAAUACUUUCAUCCGUAAUGUUGCCAUCGGAUGUGGUCACAGAAACCAAGGUUUAUUUGUUGGUGCAGCCGGAUUACUUGGAAUCGGUGGUGGCUCAAUGUCACUAGUGAGUCAACUCGGUGGCGAAGCCGGUGGUGCAUUUAGUUACUGUCUUGUUAGCCGAGGGGAUGGUUCCCUCGGUUCGCUAGAAUUCGGGAGAGAAUCUCUACCGACAGACAGUGCAGUUUGGGUCCCACUGCUACGUAACCCGAGAUUCCCUAGUUUUUAUUACGUGGAACUCUCGGGUCUCGGAGUGGGAGGGGUUCAGGUUACAAUACCUGAACCCAUUUUCAAACUGAGCGACAUGGGCCACGGAGGAGUCGUGAUGGACACUGGAACAGCUGUCACACGACUUCCAACUGUGGCCUAUGCAGCUUUCCGUGACACUUUUAUAGCUCAAACUACAAACCUACCUCGUGCACGACCGGUUUCCAUAUUUGACACAUGCUAUGACCUAAACGGGUUUGUAACUGUUCGAGUCCCGACUGUGUCAUUCUACUUUUCCGGGGGACCGGUUUUGACACUUCCGGCAAGCAACUUUCUAAUUCCGGUGGACGAUAUGGGAACAUUUUGUUUCGCCUUUGCUCCAACUUCAUCGGGUCUUUCCAUUAUUGGAAAUAUUCAACAAGAAGGUAUCCAAAUUUCAUUCGAUUCUACAAAUGGACUCAUGGGAUUUGGCCCCAAUGUUUGCUAA